AUGGCCGAACAAGAACAACCCCCGCCAGAGUAUGAGACCCAUCAGGGCCCGCCACCACCGGGCUCGAUUGCCAUUCCGAUACCCCUCGGGCCCAACGGCGAAAAGCCCACCCCCGAGCAAAUCCAGCAAAUCCAGAUGCAAAUUGCCGCCGAGGCCCAAAGGCAUGGAAUCUCGAUUCAGGAAUAUGUUCAGCGAAUGCGACAGCAAGCCAUGGCUCAGCAACAAAUGCAGAUGCAGGCGCAGAUGGAGGCCCAGCAGCGCGCGCAACAACAGCAGCAGCAACAGCAGCCCAUCCAGCCAGGCCCACCCAAGCCAGAAGCCAUUGCUCUUGCAAACUGGCUCAAGUCGCAGGACUUGAAACCUAGGACCGUCGUGCACGACGAAAAGAGAAAGGACAUGUUCAGAGUCAAGCGAGCGAUCCGCGCCAUCCAGUCACCCGCAUACCAAAAGGCGCGGGCUAAGAACCCUCUCCUCCCAGAAGUCUACGACCGUGUUACUGCAGAAAACUGUUUCAAGCUGCUGCCUCUUUCUCUGCUUGCGCUCCGGGUAUCCAAGGCCGACGAGGACGAACACGAGGGCCACAACCACGCCAAGCCCAAGCGCAUCAAGGGUCUGUGGACGGUCAAGAUUGAGCAGCACCAAGACGCAAAUGACGACAGCUACUACAUUUGGCUGUACGAGGGAUCGCAAUGGAAGCAGAAGCUGUACGCUCUGGGCGCCUUGGUGGCUGUGAUUGCCAUUGUGCUGUUCCCACUUUGGCCGCUGAUGCUGCGCCAAGGUGUGUGGUACCUGAGUAUGGGCAUGCUUGGCUUGAUAGGUCUCUUCUUCGUCAUGGCCAUUGUCCGUCUGAUUCUCUUCAUCAUCACGAUAUUUGUUGCACCCCCUGGUCUCUGGCUAUACCCAAAUCUCUUCGAAGACGUCGGUUUCUUCGACUCGUUCCGGCCUGUGUGGGCAUGGCAAGAGACUCCCGAGGAUAUCAAGGCAAAGAAGGCAGCGAAAAAGGAAAAGAAAGCCGCUAAACUGGCUGCCAAAGCUGCGGGUAUCAAGGGCAAGAAACACGGUCAUGAUCAUUCGAGGACAACGACUCCUGUGCCGCCAAAUGCUGCUCCUUUUGCUGCUCCUCCUGCGCCUGCACCUGCACCCGCACCCGCGUCUGCACCUGUGGAUCACGCACCACAAGCUACUGGGGCCGACACGACAGCAGAUGGCGGGGCAACUCAGCGGCCACCACGGGCGACUGUAGAGGAGGUUGAGGAGGAGUAG